AUGUAUUAUACGAUGAUGGUUAUGCCACUGGAAAGGAACAAUCAAGGGUUGAAACGACUUCGACACGCAGCCGAAGCGGCAACGAUGUUCAAUGUUCUCUGCACCCUUGUGCAUUCCCUGGGCAUCGUCAGUAUGCGUUCAAGACUGAUGAUUUAUCAAUCGCCGCCUUGGUUAUUGCCUUCUUUCCCAUUAGCCCUCAUCGAAUCAGCGACAACAGGCAAGUUAUUUUCGAGGGCCUACUUGCAACCGCUUCGAUUGCUCUGGGUGAUGGCAGCUGAGGAGCGUCUGCUUUCUACGUAUGAUGCUGAGAAGGGCCACUUCCUCGAAAUAGAUGUUGAAGUUUAUUUAAAGGUGAAAAUUUCCAAUUUCUUUGCAGAAUGCGUCGUAAUAGAGCAUUUGUUCGUGCACGGCGCCACGUGUCUUACAAGCCCGUGCCAGUUUUCUGUUCAAUCUGUCGUUGAGAAAGCUCUACCCAGUAUGUUGCUUCUGGUAAUGUGGCAGAGAUUAUUCUCACUUUCAAGUGCAACAUUUCUGUCCUGA